AUGUACAGCAUUUAUAGAAGUAAGAACAAAGUCGAUAUCCUGGAUUAUGCUGGAGAUACGCACACAGAACUUGAUGUCAUUAUGAAGGCUUUUGGAUAUAUUAUUGAAGGGCUGAACACUGGUUUUGGGACACAUCAAAAAUGGGGCGAAUCCUUCUGCCCAUUAAGUAAGAGCAAAGACUAUAACAAGGGUCGAAAAUGUGAUUUACGCUUUCUAUCGAUAUCCGGAGUGGACUUAGGAGAGUGGGAAUUUGCAUCUGAAGUAAUCCCUCACAAGGUUGUUAGUGACCGUUGUAGAUCUGCUAGAGUUAAUCAGUCUAUUUUGAAUGGCUUGUUAAAUCUCAAUCUCACCGACGAGCAAGCUAAAAAUAUCAAAGUGCCCUUUGUGCAGAUAUGUGGCACAAGCGGUCAAAUGUUAAUUGUAGAUUUGGUUGAGGGUUUCUAUGUAGUAUUUCCUGGACCGAAGUUUGAGCUUCCCACAAAGCUUCAGCAUAUUAAAAAGCUAAAAUCUGCUGUUAAUAUUAUAAAUUUUAUUAUGAAUAUAUAUGAGCAAACAAAUGAAAUAGCAGAAACUCAAGAAAACACACGCAAUGGAUUCAAUGAUAUUUUUAGUGAUAAUACCGAUAUCAAACCUAUUCAUUAUAAGGCCAAAUAUAUACAUAAACCAUGGUGGUCUCCCAAAA